AUGGCGUCGUCCAACCCAUUCCGCAGCAAGGGAUCGCAUCUCGUGAGCAGGUUCUCGACGGCCAGCCCAAUCGACACCGGUUCCCCCGCCAGCACGCCCUCCCCUCAACCACCUCACACGAGCUUUCGCACCUCCCCGGAAGCCUCGGGCUCAGCAGAGAAGAAGCCCAAGGUCGUCAAGAAAGUCCGCGUCCUCUCACCUCCGCCCAUAUCGCCCGACUCUCCCGAAUGGCCCUCCAACCCGGCGCCAGUCUUCUCGCCGAAUGCCAACGAUCCAUUCGGCAAUGGCCUCUAUGAGCAGACCGAUCGCGAUACCCUGCCCCCACUACUGCAACAACCACAGUUUCCUCUGCAGCUGCCGCUGCAGCCUCGCCAGAAUGCAGCUCCGCCUGCGAAUCCGUUCAGUAAGACGCUGCACGACAUGGAGAAUGCGAAGAAGGAAGGCCUGAAGGAGGAGCGCAGAGACGAGGGCGCAGCUCUCAAGGCGGCGAGCAAGGCCAGGGCCUCCCUGGACGUCAACUCAUUUCAACGCCUGCUCAUGACUGGAAAGGUCGACGGGGAUGGUGGGCUUGGCAUUAGCACGACCGCUGCACAGGCCGAAAGACCUUCUGCGCCAGAAAGGAGGAGCUCAGCGGCAAGUUCACAACACACGCCCGAGGACGAGGUGUCGGACUCGAGUGUCACAGUACAAUUUGGAUCCAGAAAGAAGGCACCGCCUCCACCACCGAGCUCUCGCCAUGGGAAAAGCAUCAGGCGUGGUUCUAA